CAACUGCUUCAGGAAUGGACAUUCUCAAAGGAGCAAUAUGAUCAUAUUGUUAUCAUGCUUAAUCAAACAGCAGGAGCUUUACAGUUGGAAGGUGAAUGCAGUUGGUAAAAAAGAAGGUGGACUAUAUUUGCUGUUGAAAAGGUUGAUUCACAAGGUUGAUUAUGAUGAAGAGAAUACUGCAGCAGCUGUUAAUCAAGUACAUUCAGGUGUUAAAGAACUAGAUAUAAAAUUGUGGUAUCAAAGAUUAGGCCAUGUGUCUCCUAUAAUACUCACUAGGAUAUUUGCUAUGAACAAACAAAGCAUGUGUAAGGUUUUUAAGUGCUUAGUCUGUCCCUAUGCUAAAUAG